AUGAUCGGCAAGAGAACCUUAUUCCCUCUCGGGUUCCAUGGCACCGGUAUGGCAAUCAAAGCUUGCGCAGACAAGCUCGUGGAUGAAAUGAGGAGGUUCGGCAAAUACUUUGAGGGCUAUAUGGAGGAAACCGAAUCAUCAGAAGAGAGUGGGGUGGCAGUUGCGCUGACACAGGAUGUCACUAGAGAGGACAUAACGAAGUUCAGCGGCAAGAAAUCCAAAGCUGCAGCAGUAACAGUCAAGGCAAAGUAUCAAUUUCUAAUUAUGCUGUCCAUAGGCAUACCUUUAGAAGAUAUCCACAAGUUUGCGGACGGAAAUUACUAG